AUGUCUCCAUCCGUAUUACAAACUUCUGUUUCCACUCCACCUGACUUGGACCAAAGAUUUGUCGAAGUAAAACAACGAUUGAUUAAACCAGAGAAUGUCAAACUGGUAACUGAAAGUUGGAAAAGACUACUUGUUGCUAUUGAAAAGGAGUUUACUGAUAUCGAGAAAACAGGACCCUCACAUAUCCCAAAAUGUGAUUUUAAUUCCAUCAAAGACCAAAAACUCCCAGCUGAUGUGGCCGAUUUAUUUAGACAACGUGGAUGUUUAAUGGUUGAUAAUGUUGUGGACAGACAUCAAAUUGAUCUUUGGUUUAACGAGUUACAAGGUUUUUGCAAAGAGCAUCCACAAACUGCAGGUUAUACUUAUCCAAAUCCAACUUCAUGGUAUAACGUUUUCUGGACUCGUCCACAGACCCAAGCACGGAUGCACCCUAAUAUCAAGAAAUUAUUUUCGAUGAUGGCAAACGAAUUCCAUGUUGAAGAUGGCGAGGCACUUAUUGAUCUUGAUAGUCAAAUUGUGUAUGGUGAUAGGAUUCGUAUUAGAGAACCAGGAAAAUCGGCUACUUUACCAUUGCAUUUAGAUUCGUCUUCAAUUGAAAGAUGGGAAGAUGUUCAAUACUCAAAGGUCUACCAAGAUAUUUUCAGUGGUAAUUGGGAGGAAUUUGAUCCAUUCAAACUUGAUGCUAGAGUAACUUCUCAUGAAAACUUGUAUCCCGAUCUCACUGAAGCAAGAUCUACCAUCUGUAGUUCUUUCAGAACUCUUCAAGGAUGGUUAGCACUUUCCGACAAUCGCUCUGGUGAAGGUACUUUAAGGGUAUUACCAAGUCUUAAAUUAGCUAUCUCAUACAUAAUGUUACGUCCGUUCUUUUGGAAAGAUCCAGAAUCUGGCAAUUUGGAUGAUUAUGAAAUUUGA